AUGCAUAAAUAUUGGGAAAAAAUCAAAGCUAGUGGAUAUCCACUUAAAAUGUAUGAAUAUCAAACUGAAGACCAUUUUAUGUUAGGUAUGGAACGAAUGCCAUAUAGUAAAUAUGGUAACAAAACAAUCGGUAAACCCGUAAUCUUGUUAUCCGGUAUGUUCGCCUCCUCAAUUAUUUAUGUAUCGCAUAACAAAUCACUCGGUUACCUGCUAUCAGACGCGGGUUUCGACGUUUGGCUUUUCAAUUAUCGAGUUACGGGUAUGUCCAAAAAAAUUAAGGAUCCGAGGACAGGAAUCGUUCCUGACUUAAGUAGUAUAAAUUGGGAUUACAGCUUUCAUGAAUUAGCUAUUUACGAUCUACCAGCCGCCAUUGAUCUCGUAAUUUCUGUGACUGGGCAUUCUAAAGUUGACGUUGGGGGUGUUUCUCUCGGAGCAACAAUACCUCUAAUGACAUUAUCUGAAAAACCAGAGUACAAUAAAAAAGUCAGAAAUUUAAUUCUGAUGGCGCCAGCUAGUAGAAUGGGGUCCGGAUACCGGGGUGCGCAAUACUACUUUAUUAGAUCAGCUUUCCGGAAAUUCUUAAAAACAGAUUUCAAGUUUCGUUACAUAUCACUUAAUAAAGAUCCAGAUCACAUUGCAGUUGGAGAAUUAUGUAAAAUUAAAAUGUUUGGAUUCUUUUGUGUUCAAUCAAUGAACAUUAUACAAGGAAUGUAUAAUCCCCUUCAUAUAGAUCCCGUCAUAGAUGUAUUUACAACUUAUCCGCAACCUACAUCAUUGAAAACGGUUAAACACUAUUUUCAAUUAUUAUUAGGAGAUCGAUUUGCCAAUUAUGAUUACGGACCAAUUGGAAACAUGGAACAUUACCAUUCCAGACAACCACCAGAGUAUGACAUAAAAAAAGUUACAGCUCCAGCUAUCGUUUUGUACUCGAAAGGCGACAACCUUGUGCCUCCUCAGGACAUUAAAUGGUURCUGAACAAUUUACCAAAUAUAAAAAGCACACUUUACAUCAGUAAAAUACGAUUCAGUCAUCAGUCUUUUGCAAUGGAUAAAAACGCACAUAUAGUUAUUGGUCCAUACAUAGUGAAACAAUUAUCAUCAUAAAAAAAUAUUUAAAAAAGGAAGUAUAACAAAUUCGACGAUGAACAUAACCCUCACAUGUGAAGAUGUAUUUAACCAUGUUUGUAUAAGAUAUAGUUAAUAUUAACUAAUAUGGAUGUAAUUAUUAAAA